UAAAGCAACAAAUAUGGCGGUUCGCUUCAACGUACUUUGACGUGACAGUUAUCAACAGAUGAGCUAAAGGGAAUCUUUGCGAAGGUGUCAACAUUUUUCAUCGUGGUGUUUUUAUCUGUUUCCUCUUUCUUGACUUCUGAGGUCUAAAAAAAAUCAUAAGAGAGAAAGCAAUGCCUUCUCCUAAGGCUAAAAACGCCGGCCGCAGAGACGGAAGCCCGGUUCUCGGCAGCUCCUUUGAGUUCGUGUCGCUGACGAAGCCGCUGAACCGGUCCUCCUCACCUCACCUCCUCCAGCGACAGGGCUCCGACCCGAACACCGCCCGCCUCCGGGCCUCGGAAAGCCCCUCUCGUCGCAGGGGCUCCGGGUCCUCAACGGGCUCUGCGAGCGGCCAGGGGCCACCUGAGGAGGACGGAAUACGACUCAACCCGUCCCUUAUCGCCAUCUCCCUCAGUUCCCUGCUCGCCAUUGACCUCUGGCUGUCCAAGCGGCUCAGCGUCUGUGCCUUUGAGGACUCCUCCUGGGGCAGCGCGCGCCCACUGAUGAAGCUGAUCGAGAUCUCCGGUCACGGCAUCCCGUGGCUGGCAGGUGCUGCUUACUGUCUGUAUAAGAGUGACAGUGCUGCAGGACAGGAAGUCAUGCUCAACCUGCUGCUGGAUCAACUAAAUAUGACUACAUGAAGACAAAACUUUUUUUUCCUGAAAAUCAGUGAAAGAAAUGCAACAAAGAUCAAACCUUGAUGCUGUUUUGAGGAACGUCCCUCCAGGUCGGUUCGAGAGACAAGAGAUGCAGGAAACAAAUAAUCAUUGACUUUUCUUACUUACGUCUGGUACAACCAGAAGAGCAAAGACUAUAAACAACAAAAGUAAACUGGACGAAUAUAUGCUGCUUCAACCAUUAAUAAUUUUAAGCACAAUUAAAACUACCUCAUACUAAUUCAUAAAAUAUACAUUAUGCCAAAGUAAAGAAUAUGACUUUUUUUUUCUUUUAUAUAUGAAUUUAUUUGGGCGUAAGAGUUCUUACUAAUUUUAAAACCUCUGUUUUGUGUUGAUUAAGAGCAGAAAUGGCAUUUUUUAAAAUAAGUAUAACAUGAAUUGGAUCAAAAAGGACGGUAAAUGUCCUUUAAAAGCAAAGUCUUACCUUAGAGUGGCCUUUUUUUAGGUUGUUUCCAUUAGCAUUUUCCUAAAAACGAAUUGCUGCAUUCCCAGCUGUUUCGUAAAAGUCACCUCAGCACUGCAUGAAUAUUUUAGCACUUUAUUGCUGGAGGCACAUCUUAAAAGCUCCUCUACCAACUGCUUUUCAUCCACUCUCACUGGAAUUAUAUCAUCAACACUGUGGUCUAAUGGUGGUUCCAUUUUCCCCAGUUAUCAAUAUGAAAUGUCAUAAACUCCACAGUAAAUGCU